AUGACCAACAACUAUUCUAAGUUCUCAAUUCCGAUUCAUCAAAUCCUUCGUGACGUCAAGAAUGACCCAUGGUUCAAGUUGCCGAAGCAGUCAAAAGGAGAUACUUCCAAGUUGGACCACACUAAGUAUUGUGCAUUCCACCGAGGUCCCGGUCACACAACCAACGAUUGCUACACUUGGAAGAACUACCUAGAGAAACUCGUGAAAGAAGGCAAAGUCGAUAGAUAUUUGGACAAGCCAGCUGAGCAGCAAAAAAGGAAUGCAGACGGAGAUGAGGAGCCACCAACUAAGACGAUUCGAAUCAAUGGCAUUUUCGCUGAGUCCGAGCACUUAGGGGCUACUAAUAACUCCAAAAAGAGGAAGAUCCAGCAGGCCUUACUAAUCUCACAAGUUCAUGCAGUCGAUACCCAACCUGGACCUAUCAUUGGCUUCACGGAGCAGGAUGCAGAAGGAGUCGACUUCCCACACGACGAUGCAUUAGUAGUAUCUGUCCCAACUAGCCCAUGCUAUAGUCGACAGGAUGAUGGUUGA